UUGUCGAAUAUUUUGUCCCUUAUGCUUUAGUUACUAUCAUUGAAUUUAUAAUAGUUAUAAAUUCAAUGGUUACUAUGUACGCUGCCUCUGGUCUAUUAUCUGAUGUAUGUGUGUUGCUUCGGAUAGUUCUAAGGACUUAUAGUAGUUCAAAGACAAUAUGACGUAGUUCUAACGUUCACUACCUUUUUCAAUGAACACACAGGCAUUAUUUAAAAAUUAAUUAUAUGUUUUUGUAAACAUAUACCCAUCGAGAAAUAUAUCUAAUCAGUAAGAAUUAUAUAAUGAUCUGAAAGCCAUUACGUUCCCCGCCAAGAUACAACUCUAGAUAAAAACAGAAGUGCAAAGUUCAGUAGGGGACAGGAUUUGUUUUUGAUUCCCCACCUGUGAUUGACUCAAUUAAUUUAUUUUUUGCUUCACGUCCGCGAAUUAAAAACUUCACAAAUGGACAACAAGUUGGAUAUAGUUGUGUUUGGUGCUACUGGUUUUACUGGUAAACACACCAUUCCCUACCUACACAAACUAUGCGAGGAAGAUGGAAGGCAAUUAAAAUGGGGAAUUGCGGGACGGUCUGAAGAAAAACUGAAAAAGGUGUUGGACGAAUACGCCCAAAAGCUCGGUGCGGAUUCUUUGAACUCUACUCCCAUCAUCAUUGCGGAUGUUGAAGAUGAGCUUUCGAUACUGGAAAUGGCUAAAAAAGCAAAGAUGGUACUCAACUGUUGCGGGCCCUAUCAACUUUAUGGAGAAGUUGUGGUAAAGUGCUGUGUCAUGACUGGCACACAUUACGUAGAUGUAACAGGGGAAACACAUUUCCAAGACAUUAUGUUAUCACGAUAUGGCCAUACUGCGGAAGAAAGAGGCGUUUACAUAGUGCACGGAUGUGGAAUGGACAGCAUGGGUAACGAAAUGCCAUUGAAUUUCCUAACAAAGAGUUUCCAAGGUGUUUUGAAUUCUGUAGAAGUUUUUAUGAUGUCGAAAUUUGGGAACCAAACCACAACAGGAUCUGGUCUCAAUUUCGGUACCUGGUCCAGCAUUGUGCAUUCCCUUAGUGAUUUUAGGUCUGUGUGGGCUGCUAAACGGGCCAUUUCUCUACCAAAAAUGUCACCAUCCUGUCCUUUACGGUUCCCGUUCAGCAAAAAUGCAAGCAUUGGUAUUCCAAACAAAAGGAUUCUUCCAUUUCCUUCUCCAGACACAGACGUAAUCAAUCGCUCCCAACAAUACUUUUAUAAGAACGGGCAGAGACCUAUCCAGGUCCGCCACUACUAUCUAUUAGAGUCAUGGACAAGUAUUCUGAAGCUACUGUUUAUGGGAUUGAUAACGAUUAUUUUCAGUCAGUUUAGUUGUGGUAAAAAAUUACUGCUGAAAUAUCCAAAGGUAUUCUCAGGAGGAUAUGUUGAUCACGAAUCUCCUAGUGAAGAAAUGAUCGAAAACAGUACAAUUGACAUGUAUUUUUAUGGGAAAGGUUGGAGCGAUAAGAAAGAUAUUGAAUUCAAUCAACGGCCCAAUAAAAGUAUUUUGGGCAAAAUUGAUAUUGUUAAUCCUGGCUAUGGCUUUACAUGCUUGGCUGUGGUACUGUCGGCAAUUAUCAUAUUAACUGAACCUUCAAAGUUGCCUAAGAAGGGAGGUGUGUACACGCCUGCAGUUGCUUUCUUUCAUACAUCAAUGGUGGAAGCAUUACAGAAAAAUGGGGUUCCAUUGGAAAUAUUAUCUGUGAAUGAUUUGUAAUAUUGUUAGUGAAGGGUAUGUUUGGGUUUAAUAAAAGUGUCUGUUUUUUAUUUCACGUAAAAUA